GGACUCGCGGUUCCAUCGAUUCCCCACUUUCCCCAUAUAUAUUCGCCGCAGAUCUCUCUCCUCUCGUUCCGUCAACACCUUUGCCUGCCGGAAAGUUCUUUCAAAAUUCAAAUCAGCCAAAGCAUGGGGUUUUAAUUCCGCGCAAUUUUCCUUUUCCCCUUUUCAAUUGAAUAUUUUUUGUUUUGUGUUUUUUUUGGUCAAAAAAAGAAGAAGAAAAAAUUUCCUGAUUUUUCUUAUUCGUGGUGGAUUAGCAUCUAGGGUUUUGGAAUUCCGGAAUUUGCCAAACGCCUUCUUGAUCCUUGUUGUUGAAUUCGGCUAUGGCUGUCCCCACCUUUUAACAAUCGGUCAAAUGUGAUUUUUUUGUUUCAGGGGUCUUUGGCUCUGGGGAGGAGGAGAUUGCCACUUGCUCUGGUUUAUUGCUCUAUUGUUAAUAAGCUGGAGCUAUCAAGAUGUCUGCGCUCAAUCGUAAUGGGAUCAAUCUGAUUAACUGCUUCUUUCACUUUUCUGAAUGGCAUCCUCUUGAACAACAGAGUUGAUUGGGGAUUGAACCCCACAUCACAGUUUUUCUUUAUAAGGUGUUGAACCCACAUUUGUUGAUUUGAUUUAUAGUUUAGUCAGAUUUCUUUUUUGAUGUUCACAAAGAAACAGCCUGUUGUUAAAGUGGCAGAGAUGGGUUGCUGUGGAUGUUUUGGAUUCUCUUUCUUGUUUUCAAGAAAGCCUAAAAAUGGGUCGAGAUCCAGCAGGGGAUUGGGAUUGAGCACCCACCCUUCACAGGAACCCUUGUUGGAUGAAGAUGUGGAAGAAGAUGUGGAAGAGGAUGAUGUUGGCUCAUAUAAUGGUGAUGAUGGGUCUGAUACUGGUAAUGGAGAUGAUGGGACUGAUACUGGUAAUGGAGAUGAUGGCGAAUAUCGGAGCCCAGUCAGGCGUUCUGAGGAUAUUCUCAUAAGCAGAGCUCAAAAUGGAUUUAGUUGUAGAGAAUUUCCUGUUAAGGAAACCCACAGAUUGGUGCGCUCAGAGGAUGAAAACGGGAGCAAGAUGGUUAAUGAAUAUGUUCAUAAAUAUAAGAUUGGUUCUGGUAGCUAUGGAAAAGUGGUUCUUUAUCAAAGCUCUCUAGAUGGAAAGUAUUAUGCUAUAAAGGCCUUUCACAAGUCUCACUUGCUUAAGCAGCGGGUUGCCCCAUCAGAGACUGCCAUGAGUGAUGUUCUUCGUGAGGUUUUGAUCAUGAAAAUGCUAAGCCACCCCAAUAUAGUUAACCUCUUUGAGGUGAUUGAUGACCCAAGAACCGAUCACUUCUAUAUGGUUCUUGAAUAUGUGGAAGGCAAAUGGAUCUUCGAAGGUUCUGGUUCACCAGGUGGUGGUCUUGGAGAAGUCACUGCACGCAGAUACCUGCGGGAUAUAGUUUCUGGCUUAAUGUAUCUUCAUUCUCAUAAUAUAAUACACGGGGAUAUUAAACCUGAUAAUCUUUUAGUUUCUGCAACUGGCACAGUGAAGAUUGCUGAUUUUAGUGUCAGCCAGGCUUUUGAGAAUGAUGACGAUGAGCUCCGUCGGUCUCCUGGAACUCCUGUUUUCACUGCACCAGAGUGCUGCUUGGGUCUGACUUAUCAUGGAAAAGCUGCUGACACUUGGGCAGUUGGUGUGACCCUAUAUUGCAUGAUUUUGGGAAAAUACCCAUUUCUUGGAGACACACUUCAGGACACAUAUGAUAAGAUAGUAAACGACCCGCUUUGCCUUCCUGACGAUUUAAAUCCUACUCUAAAGAAUUUGCUUGAUGGGAUUCUCUGUAAAGAUCCUAGGCAAAGGAUGAGUCUCCGGGAUGUAUCAGAACACGAGUGGGUCAUCGGAGAUCACGGACCCGUACCUCAGCACGAUUGCUGGUGCCAGAGAAUGAAACUGCAAACGGACGCGUCUAUUGGCAACUCGGCGGAUACUCUCACUUGAUGCUAACAGAAUGAAUUAUAUUUUGUACACUUGUUUUUUGUCCAAUUUGGUGUCAUGUUUUUGCUGAGGAAACUGAACAAGCUUUUGUAAGUAACAUACAUAUGAGAGGCCCCCACUUUGUAGCUAAAUCAAUCCCUAAAUACUGGUCGGUCUUGAAGUCAUUUGGUUUUUCUGGAAAUGCCAAAACUCCACAGCAUAAUUCUUGGUGCUCUACAAGACACUACGAAGAUGCUGCUGCUUUUGUUUUAUUCCUGUUCUUUUUGAUCUUAUGUUUUUAUAUAUAUAAAUUGGUCAUUGGUUUGGAAAUGAUUAUUAUUAUUGUUGUGCUUGUUAUCAAGCAUUAGGUGUGGUAUUUGUGGACAUAAUAAAUGUUUGAAGGGAAAAUUGUAAUUUAUGUUCCUCACAAAUAUGGCAGUUAUCAAUGUCAUUUUUGAAUUAUUAA